GCUGAAGUAUCACCUACACCCUCCAAGUUCGAAGAGGCUACAAGCGCUGCAGCUUCGAUCGAAGAACAGUAUUAUACUAUCGAGAUUGAUUUGGAGCAACUUUUUGACAUCGACGAGGAAGGACAAACUCAUUUCAAUCGAGCGCUGCUGGAAAGUCUAUGCGAACAAGCGGGAUCAUUGCCUAUUGCAAUCAUCUCGACGACGGGGAAAUUCCGUGGCGGGAAGACAUUUUGGAACAACAUCGUGUUGAAGGGUUUACAGAAUGGAGUUGCCAUUUUUAAAACAACAGAGUACAUUGGUGGUCACAACGGGAUUCGUUUCAAGGGUGGAUGGAGUCGGCACACCGCUGGGAUUAUGGUUUGGCCGAAAGUCUUCAUUCGCAAGGACAAAAAUGGUGAAGAUAUAGCUGUAAUCCUUAUGGAUACCCAAGGCACAUAUGAUUGUCAAACAAAUCCAGCUCACUCGGCGAUCAUCUUCGUCAUCUCAUUGCUGAUGUCUUCGAUCAAGAUUUUCAACACCAGGAGCCAGAUUGACGCGCAAGAUUUGGACGCGCUUAAUCUCUUCAUUGAGUAUUCGAGAAUGAAUGAUAAAGCGAUCGGACAAAAUUUCCUUCUAAUGGUUCGUGACGCGAAUUGCUCUGGUUUCGAGCAAGGAAAUGAAUAUUUGUCUCAUAUUCGGAAUGCAUCAAUGAAUGCCCAUGACGUGAAACGCCUUGUGCAAGGGCUGUUCACAAGCUUUGAGAAAGUUCAAUGCUUUAUGGUCAAAAGGCCAGCUGAACACGUGAUCAACGCUAGUGGAGAGAUCAAAGCUGGAGAUUGUGGAGAAGAGUUUUUGUCCGGACUAUGCGACUGCGCAAAUGACAUCUUGCAGAAUCUGGAGCCAAAAUUAGUGAUGGGCGUUCGACUCACCGGGCUCACCCUUCAAGAAUAUGUCAAGAAUCUCGUUGCACACUUGAAAAACGCUGAUCUCAAAGGAAUCGGCACGGCAUUUAGCUUUAAUUCUGAUUAUGACGAGUUGGUUAAAAAGAACGAUUCUCGCUCGGUUGUGCCACAAAAGUUUGAUGAUCAACUGAAAGAACUUGUGACAUCAUCGAUUAAUGUGUACAACAGCAAAAACGCUUUUUGGGAAUAUUUGGAGGAUCGGUGUGCUGAAAGAUCGAAGUCGAAUCGAGACCGCUUUCGGGAUCGACAAAUGAGUGAAGCUGUAGAUGGCAGCUAUGAUAAGUACGAGGGAAUGAUGCGGCCAAACUUCAAAGACUUGUUGCAAGGCAAUCAAACUGUGGAGCGGUUGAGGGAGAAACAUGAGAAAGCUCAUAGACAAGCCAUGGACAAUUUUGAGACGGCGGUGGAACCUUUUAAUGAUGAAGAGAGUCUCAGUUGUUUCGCCAACCUGGAGGAAGAAAGUUUCGUCUCGCAGAUAAACUCGGAUCUGUCCAAGAAAAUUGCCGAAUUGCUUGAAUUUUACGAGACAGAGUUGAGAAAGUCGGUGGUGCAAGUGCACAAAAUGGAUCAAGCAGAGGAGAAGAUUGUGGAAAUCAAAGCAUUGCUUGAGGCGAACUACAAUGUUGAGAAAGCAAAAUUUGCUAUCCAAAUAAAGGAACAAAUGCCUAAAUUGGACAUUGAACUGAUCAACAACAUCAUCGACAAUUACAAUGAGAAAAGUGUCGAUUUGUUCAAGAAAUGUGAAGACACAUUCAUGAGCAAUGAAAGGAAAUAUGUCAACGAGUUAAAAGAGAAAUUAGACAAUGAAAUGCAAGAAGCUACUGAACGUCGAAGUCAAGCUGCUGCUGAGCGGGAAAUUCGCAAAAGCCUCGCCAACCUCGAGAUCGAAAAGAUGCGAUUAGCUGCAGAUGAAGAAAAACGAAAACAAGAAAGGAUUGAUCGAGAAGUGGAAGCAAAAAUGAAAGAGCCAAGG